CUGCGAAUCAACAAACUACCCUUGAACUAGCCCAUCGGUCCCUGCCGUCUUGCUUAUGAGCCCAAGCCGCAGCCGCAGCAGGAGUAGCCGCAGGGUGGAGGUGGUCUUGCCAAGCGGGCGCUCUUGCGCCGUGCAGCUUCACUCGGAGUCCAGCAUUGGGGAGCUGGCGGCUGCCGCGCGCGCGUAUUUCCGGCGCGGACUCUUGAGGCUGGUUGGUCCUGGGGGCCUGCGCCUGGAUCCGGGUCUUACCCUGGGUCAGGCAGGUGUGGGAGAUGGGAGUGUAGUACACGCCAUUGCGCAGCCUGUGGAGAUGGCUGCCACCACCACGGCGUUUGCUCUUUAUGUCAGAGGGGGGAGUGCAAUGACUUGGGCCGUCUUGACUUGGAUAGUGGCCAGGUGCAAGAGCAGCUGACACGAGUCCGGCAGAUUCAAGCCACCGAAACGUGUUUUACUGCAGUUCUGGAUGGCGGAACGGCGGUGACUUGGGGCUACUUGCCAUCUGACCUGCUGUAUAACUGUGACAGCCACGUGCCGUGGUUUGCUCGUGUUCAGCAGAUGCGAGCAACGGAUGGUAUGUGCGGCAGAUUCGGGCAACUGGCAACGCUUUUGCGGCCAUCCUGGACAAUGACGCUGUGGUGACCUGGGGCCACCCAAAGUUUGGGGGCGACAGCAGUCGAGUGCAAGCACAGCUGAGGGGUGUGAAACAGAGUCAAGCCACGAACUGUGGAGCAUUCGCUGCUAUCCGAGAGGAUGGCAAACUGGUAACUUGGGGCCAUUCCAAAUUCGGUGGUGACAGCAGCCAGGUGCAAGAGCUUUCAGAGGUGCAGCACAUCGCCAGCAGCUGGGGAGCCUUUGCCGCCAUUUGUGGCGGCAAAGUGGUGACAUGGGGCAACUCUGACUUGGGGGGCGACAGCAGCCUUGUGCAAGAGCAGCUCACCAGCGUCCAGAAGAUCCAAGCAAGCGGUCGCGCUUUUGCUGCCCUCCUGGAAGAAGGCAGCGUGGUGACUUGGGGUGAUUCAAGGUAUGGCGGCGACAGCAGCCUUGAGUCAACCUCAGAAUUAUCAAAGACCACUUUAUCAACG